AUGUCUCUGUCCACUAUCCCGGUUGACGUAGGGGAGUACAUCUUACGUCUUGCCAUCAGUCAUAGUGAUUGUCUUCCAGGUAUUACCUCGACGACAUUUGACGGCAUUCUCAAGCCUAUUGUUUGGUCCCACGUCUCUCUUCACUGUACUAAGGUUCAAGAUUACGAUGUCCAUGAAGUUCCUAGGUACGACACCCAAGACGUAAUCGACUUCUUUUCUUAUCCCACUCAACAAUAUCUCACGAGUUUCAUCCGUUCAAUCCAUGUCAUUGGGCCACUGCAACACGCAGUCAAUCUCCUUGAACCGAAAAGAGAAUGCUUGUUGGAAGUCAUGACUAUUUUUCCACAUCUAGAAGAAGCUACUUUCUUCAACGUUAUCUUGGACACUCUACCUAUGAUCUAUCGACCUAUUCCGCAAAUCAAAAGAUUAGAGCUGUUCUUUUGUCAAUUUUCCACUCCCGGACUCGAUUCAUUUAUGAGUCAUUUCCGUGAAUUGGAUGAAUUGAGCUUCCAUUAUUCCAUCGAUGACCUCCCCGACUUCAUUUUUUUUAUCUCCAAGGUCUUUGAACUGAACACCUUCACGACCAGUGUAUUCCAAUCCCAUGACCUAUCUUUGCCUCAUCCAGUGACUGCGAAAAUGCUCACAAUAAAUGCUGAAGAAGGAAGUGCCAUGUUACAGACUCUUACGAGCAGGAAUUCCUGGUUUGACUGUUCGCAUUUACAAGUUCUAAAAAUCAAUUCAGAUGAAGUUGAUGCAUCUGAAGUCAAUUCAUUGAUGACUCUUUCCCAUCAUACAUUACAGGACAUAUCUGUAAGAACUCUCAUUACAUGGGACAAGUUCUGUUUCGCACGCGUUAAAGACUUGUCAACCUUGAGACUCGGAAACAAUAUCGUUAAUAUGGACCAGGUCCAUCAGUCCAUCAUAUCUAUUCCUGCUGGGUCUAAUAUCGAAACUUUAUCCAUCACUAUUCGUGGUUGCGGAACAGAUCCUAAAGUUCCUGUGGUUUUAGCGAAGCUGCCGAGACUCAUUACAAAAGCUUGUCCGUUGUUGCAGGAUUUCUCCGUAACAUAUGAAGUCAUGGCUUACAAUCACAGAGAACAUGCGAUGGCUACUUGGAUUAUUUCAGACGUUAUGCGUGACAUGCAUGUCCCUGUCAGAGUAUUUUUACAGCAGGGACACCACAUCCGAACGAAAAAGUCAAAUUCCGACUUAGAUGACGUCUACAUACAGGCCAUAAAUAGAAGGCCUGACCUCAUUACUCGGUUGGAGGACUACGAUGAUGCAAAGAUAGUCGUAUUGACGUUCAUGCCUGACAAGUACGGUCUACUCAUGAAAAGAAGUCAUUUGCUGGCUACAGCAGGUUAUCUUGGUUCUCCUAAUUUCAUGGACACCGUAGAUUGGUGUCGCGCGGGCUGUCCAGAUAUAAUCUGCUCGAAACCUGCUCUCGAUGAAGGUGGUCCUGCCACUAUCAUCCCUCCUUUUACUAUUUCGGUCAUUGGCAUUGCCGACACGAAGCCUUGGUGCAUCAAGUUGUCCGGUCUAGGAGACUACGAUCCCAGGUACCCGAAACCUUUCUCGAAGCUGAAAUGGCUUCUCCAUCUUAACGCGCCUAUGGAUACAAUCUUCAUGCAAGAUUGGAACCAUGGAAUGUCCGCUCUACAAGAUUUACAAAGUCGAAUUACAGUUAACAUGGCAUCGGAUAUGCUAUUAGAGUCUAAUGUCGCACAGCACAAGUUGUGCUUGACUGUGAAGAUGUUUAAGCCUAGGUCCCUGACAGAUGAUGAGCAGAUCAGUCGUGAUCAUAUCGUUCCCCUCGAACAUCGUAACCAUUACAAUGAUGUUAUACAUCAUUAUUCUCUUAAUCCCAUUGACAUCAAAACUCAAAAAAAUGAAUGA